CGAAUCCCCGGAAACACGUGACCACGGCGAAGCGGAAAAACACAGGUCCGCCACAUGUGUUGGAAAAUCCUGCUGAACACAGAGAAAACCCUGGAAAUCCGCCGUUUUUCCUGCGGGGUUUAAAUCCUUUGGUUUCUGCGGGGACUCUGGUGCUCCUGGCGGGGAGACAUGGACGGCGCCAACGUUAUCAAGCUGCCGGGGACCGAGGACAAGAAGUCGGCCAAGAAGAGAAGCAAACCCUCGGGGUUCGACCCGGAGAGAGAGGAGCGGCUGCGACAGCAGAACCUGAAGAGGCUGGCGGUUCUGGGCCAGGAGGACGGUUCUGUGAAGCGGCUGGAGUCGCUGGUGUUCGGAGCCGAGGAUGAGCUGCUGGAGCGGCUGAUGGAGGAGGAUGGAGAGGAGCGGUCCAGUGGGAUGAUGCUGCUGCAGGAGGAGGAGGAGGAAGAGGAGGAGGAGGAGGACUCUGGUGGGGAGGAAGAGGCCCGUCAGCAGCUCCAGCCCAGGAAAGCUGCCUGGGUGGACGAAGACGACGAGCUGGAGGAAGAGGUGGACAUGAGGCAGCGUCACCGCAGCGGCCUGAUGAAAGGAGCAGCAGAGGCCGUCAUGUCCACACAGAAGCUGCAGCAGAGGAUGAAGGAGCAGUUCCAGAAGUCGAUGGGAGGAACUCCGUCGUGGGCUCAGACCAGCGACCACAAGAAGAAGAAGAAGAAAGCUCAUGAUGAUGAUGAUGAAGAGGAGGAGGACGACCUGCUGAGGAGGACGGGAAACUUCGUGGCGUCUUCAGAAAGCCUUCCCAGCGGCAUCCUGAGGAUGAAGAAGUGUCUUCACGCCAACAGCGCCCGUCCCUCAGAGGACAAGUUGACCACGGUCCAGUUCCACCCCUCCGCUCAGGUCGUCAUGACGGCAGGAAUCGACCAGUCCGUCUCCCUCUUCCAGGUCGACGGUAAGACCAACCCGAAGAUCCAGAGCAUCCACCUGGAGCGGUUCCCGGUCCACAAGGCCCGGUUCAGCCUGGAUGGAGAGACGGUGAUCGCCACCAGUCUGAGGAACAGGAUGUUCUACCUGUACGACAUGAUGGAGGGCCGCGUGGUUCCGGUCCCGUCCGUCCGGGGUCUGAAUGAAGCCAGAGUGAAGGAGUUCUCCGUGUGUCCUGACGGGGGCGCUCUGCUGCUGACCGGCACCAACGGAUAUGUUCAUCUUCUCACGCUGAAGACCAAUGAGGUCGUCCGCAGCAUGAAGAUCAACGGUGACGUCAGCGGCGUCGCCUUCUCCCACGACGGCAGCAGAGUCUUCGUAAACUCAGAGGAGGGCGAGGUGUACGUGUGGGACAUGAGCAGCAGUCGGUGCGUCAGCAGGUUCACGGACGACGGCUGCGUGAAGGCGACGUCCAUCGCCGCCUCGCUGAACGGCCGCUACCUGGCCUGUGGCUCUCAGGCGGGCGUGGUCAACAUCUACUCCCAGGAGGCGUGUCUUAACUCGACCAAUCCGAAGCCUCUGAGAGCCGUCAUGAACCUGCUGACCUCGGCCACGGCGCUGAGCUUCAACCCCACCUCCGAGAUCCUCGCCAUCGCCUCGCGGGUGGAGGACGAGGCCGUGCGGCUGGUCCACCUGCCCAGCCUCACCGUCUUCUCCAACUUCCCCGUCGCCAAGAGGAAGAUCGUCUAUCGAGCCAGCUGCCUCGACUUCUCGCCACACAGCGGCUUCUUCUCAUUGGCCAACAACAAAGGCAACGCCCCUCUGUUCAGGUUGCUGCAUUACCCGGACUUCUGAAGACCGCAAGAACCCCUGCAGAACCUCUGGAUGCAGCAGCAGAACCUCUGGAUGAACCAGCAGCAGAACCUCUGGAUGAACCAGCACCAGCAGAACUGGACUCGGUGAAGGAUCUGAAAGCCGUUCUGACUUUGGAUCAGUCGGACCAACAGGAGACAGAACUCUGUGUUUGCCGUUAGUUUUUAUGUUUGAAUGAUGUGGAUUUAUAAAAGGCUUUAUAACAGAACCAA